AUGCCGUUUGCAAAGCCACUGGACACGCUGUACCACGGGCAUGCUACCAGUCUGUCAGAGCUUCGUCUGAUGAUCCUGGUUUUGCCUGUUGUACUGAUACUAAAUAAUGCUGAUUUUUGGUGUGCCAUUUUAAACUGUGUUUGUUCCAAAAAGCUAAUGCCAGCCGGUUACAGAAGUGUUUAUCCGGCAUAUCAUGUCCCUAGUGGAAAAAUACUCGCAGUAAAGGUCAUACCCUUAGAUAUAACACUGGAACUCCAGAAGCAGAUAAUGUCAGAGUUAGAAAUUCUUUAUAAGUGUGACUCAUCAUAUAUCAUAGGAUUUUAUGGUGCUUUUUUUGUAGAAAACAGAAUUUCAUUGUGUACAGAGUUCAUGGACGGGGGUUCUUUGGAUGUUUAUCGAAAAAUUCCAGAACAUGUACUCGGAAGAAUAGCAGUAGCUGUUGUGAAAGGCCUUACCUAUUUAUGGAGUCUAAAGAUUUUACACAGAGAUGUGAAGCCGUCUAAUAUGUUGGUGAACACGCGAGGCCAGGUGAAGCUGUGUGACUUCGGGGUGAGCACUCAGCUGGUGAAUUCUAUAGCCAAGACGUAUGUUGGAACAAAUGCUUAUAUGGCGCCUGAGCGGAUCUCAGGAGAACAGUACGGGAUUCAUUCGGACGUUUGGAGUCUAGGGAUUUCCUUCAUGGAGCUUGCUCUUGGGAGGUUUCCAUAUCCUCAGAUUCAGAAAAACCAGGGAUCUUUAAUGCCUCUCCAGUUAUUGCAGUGCAUUGUUGAUGAGGAAUCGCCCGUCCUUCCAGCCGGGGAGUUCUCUGAGCCAUUUGUACACUUCAUCACUCAAUG